AUUCAGCUUCAGGGCCUGAAAGUUCUCCUGGGGCGAAAAAGGAUCGAUGCACCUGUGAGGAGGUGCUGCGACACGGAAAAGAGGGAGAAGUGGGGCGAGAUCAGAGCGUCUUUGUUCAGUCCUCUGUCCUCCUGGUUCAUCCAUCACUCUUCCUGACUUUGCUUACGUUUGCAGAUGAAAGUUUUUUGGGGGGGCUCCAGGAGGAAGGCGGGGCCCCGCCGCCGCUUUGUUGUCGGCUUUUGUGUUCGGCUACCUGAGGGCUCACACGCCGAACAUCUAACAUUCGGCGGGAGGAGCGUGUGACAGCUUUGAUUUCUUCAAAGGAGCUGUGCUUCAGAUAUGACAAUGUGAGGAUUGAGCUUAAUUGUUUCAGGAUAACCGCCUUUAGUUCAACCUGCAUGAACAGAUUCUGGAGUGAAUCUGUCGAUGAAGGACGAGUUUCUGGGUGUCAGGAUGAAUUUUGUCUGUCAGACUGUUAGAGUGUUUUUGUCGGCUUUGGUGAUGUGGAGAGAAAAAAGGUGAAACAUAAAGUUAAAAAACAGCAGCUUAUAUGUGGAAAUUUAGUCUGCUCUUGUGUUAUGUUGCCAAAAGAAGAGGUUUUAAAUUGCUGGAAAAUCAAACUUUCCAAACCAGGUUUUGGUGUCGUGAAUGUCUUGUUUGAUCACAAAAGUAACAUCAUGUCUUGUCAGUGUUGCCACAUGUACGUAAAAGAAAAAACAAAUUGGCUAGUUAAAAUUCUGAUUGGCUGGUAACUCUAGAUCAAACAAGUUAAUUUAAAACCCUGGUUACAUGUUGCUCAGAAAAUCUAUUUAAUGUAUCAGUCUGACUGCACUAAAUAAAACUAACUUCGCACAGCCCGGCUAACAAACCUGGACAUACUGGUUGGAGAAUAAGUUUCUCUUUUAUGUAUACGCCUCAGUUAGACUAAAACUAGUCUAAGCGCUCUGUGCCUGAACAAGAGUCACAUAAGGAUUUGACCUGGGGCUGAAUAAUGUAAAUCCAGGUUGUAAACAAAACCUCAACAGACGAGUAAAGGUUAAAAUGAGUAAUUUCAGUCGAUAACGGGGAUUUUCUUGUACAAACAAGGCUUCAUAUCAAACUGCAGAAAACAGCCCCAUGUUUAGGGUGACCAUACAUCCUCUUUUACCUGGACAUGUCCUCUUUUUGGGGGGCUGUUCAGCUGUCCGAGCUUGUCCGGGGAAGUUUAUAAAAUCCUUCAAAUGUCUGCAGUUUUGUAUGUAAGUUUUGAUUUUGUGUCACGUGGACUUACUGAGUUGGAAGCACAUGAAAGACACUUGAUCCGACCUGAAAAACUCUCAAAAUUAAGUUUGUGCGACUCUGUGAUUCCGCCCCCGUGUAGACGUGUCCUCAGUUUGGUUAGUCUGAAUAUGGUCACCCUACACAUGUUACAUCUGCUUGUAGACACCACAGUUAGCAUUCUAAAUUCAAGAUAUUGGCCCCUGUCCUGCAAUCCAGGCAACUGCAGCACAGCUGGUGAGAGACAGACAUCUACUUCUUUAGUGCAGCUAACAAUUUGGACACAUAAGCUUUAAAGUCAAAGCUUGGAAAACCUGCAACGAUUAUCUGCAUGUAAAUACCUCUGUUACCUUUUGGAUCAACUUUAAAACUCUUAACUAUAACUGCGAAAAAAAAGCUAAAAGACGUCAAAUCUGCGGGUGUCUAUUCGCUUAAAGUUAUUCUAUGUUUGCCUCACACAUUUCUAAACUCGAUUUGUCGACACUAGAAGACUCUAAAAGUUCGCCAUCGCUUCCAGAGGUUAUGUCGUAGUCAAAAAAUGUCCCGUUUGGCUCAUGGGUUUGUUUUAGCCUCCAAAAAUGACCCCUCAAAAGAGCAAACGGAGAGUAGUUGGUCACAGGUUCUUACGUCACCCAGUUAACUCCAAUCAAACCAGCUAUUUUUGCAGGAUUCUGUGGUAUGCAUCUUUAAUUUAGAGUUCAUUGAUAUUCCCACCAGUCUGGAUAAUGAGGGUCUGUUUAAAAGGAGCCAUGCUUCUGAACAACCACACGAGUGUCUCCUGGGCGGCGCCGGUUUCAAAGAUUCUGCCGAGUAUCUCGCAGCUAUCUCAAACGGUCGACAGCUUCUUCUUCUUCUUCCUCAUCCUGGCAGCUUCAAAAUAAGAGUGGAACAAUCUGCUUUAGCUGGAGAGGUUUGGUAAUUUGCUGUAAUGGCUGACACAUGUUCAGGCCAUCAUCAGGAGGCCUCUAGCGAUGGAAAUCUCUAUCAGUUCUGCACACGGGGAUGCAGCAGCAGCAGCAGGAGCAGCACACCUGCAGGCUACAGCGGUUGGAAAUAAGGUCUGGUCUGCACACAUGCAUGCAUAAACACCUACACAUGAAUCUAAAUGUACACACAGAUAUAGAAGUAUGCAUACAAAACAUCAACAGAGAUAUCUCAACCCUGUAAUGUACACAGACGCAGCUCCGAACUUGCAUGUCACAUUUGUUUCCUCAACAACGCUGCAGCCUGCUUGUUUCUUUAAUCUUUCUGUUUAUAUUUCUGCGUCCAGACCUGCCAGUUUAACUCCAGCUCGAGCAAUUAGCAGGAGGGGGAAAGCAAAUAAAAUGUCUGAUGAAAGCGAAGUUGGGAUCCUGACCUCAUUCUGGCUGCAUCUGCUGCUUUAACCGUGCAGCAGACAGUCAUUUCCAAAGCUGUGAAUUCCUCCGUGCCAGGCUGGCCUCUCUCUGGAUGGAUUUACAAUGGCUGUUUGUGCUUUAGAACCUAUCAUUAUUCUAUAUUCGCCCGGGUCAUGUCAGUAUACGCAGACCUUUGUUUGAGCAGCCUUUAUUUUGUAAGUGGUUUCACAUCUCAGGAAAAAGGAAAUUUACAAUCACAGGCUUUAAAAAAGACGUUUUUACUACGAAUUUCAACCAUCCUGGAGGAAUGUUUGUUUGGCUGCAGAAUCUAAAUCUAGAGUAAACAUUUUAAUUAACAUUAGCACACCAAUUUAUUAACCAUUAAACUGAUCAUUUCCACUAAAGGUUUGGUUAGAAAAUAGACAUCUGCAGGAACAUUUGCACCCGACUUGUUGUAUUUAUUCUUUGUAGCCAUGGAAACUUAAAGAUGCACUUAAACCAGAGGAGCCUUUAAUAAAACAUCCACAGCUGUCGCUGUCUAUAAACCUUUCACUUGUUCGUCUCCGCCCGUUUGCAUGGUGUGAAAUACAAUCAGCCUGAAAAACUUAGUGUUUUAUUUUGAAAAGAAGCCGGAUGUUUAUUUUGUGUCUGUGCCCGACUUUGUUUCCAGCACGGGUUAAUCUGGAAAAAUAGUACCCUUGGGAUCAGUUACAGACUUCGCCGAUUUGCAGCAGAACCGAAAGAAGCCGGUGGAAUUUAACACAUUAACUUGAAUGAUUACGAUCAGCUACGAUCAGCUACGAUCGGCAGAUACGGCCUUUUUGUAGCCGUUCCAGAUGCGGUGGAAAUUGGGAGCUAAAAGGACAUGAGACCACUGCCUACCUACACACAUCCAAAACCAACUUUUAUUCAUUUAUUUAUUUUGACACUAAAUUACCAAUACAUGCAAAAUGACGUUGGUUAUUGUUGUAAAUUUCAGUAUCGGUAAAUCUUCGGUUUAUUGCCCAGCCCUACGACUUUCUGUGGGUAUCAAGUAUGCAGUUUAUAAUAUAUGCUAAUAUAGCUGAAGUUCGCAGUAUGCUAACUUAGUUUGGUGCAAAGUCCCGAUCAGUCGGAUUAAAUGAUGUGUCUUUUAUACUAGUUGGGUACCACUGGGCCGGGUCUAGUUAUUAAUUGCGAGCAUGUUGUGUACAUGUUUUUUACACACUUGUUGAUGACUUUCAAAGAGCAACUUUUCACUUCAGUUGGAGUGACCAUAUGUCCUCUUUUACUCGGACAUGGUUUGUACAGCUUUGUCUGGGGAAGUUUGUAAAAUCCUUCAAAUGUCUGCGGUUUUGUACGUAAGUUUCGAGUUCGUGUUAUGUGGAUUUACUGAGUUCAAAGUGUGUGUAGUCGUGUCCUUUUUUUGGGAAGUCAGAAUAUUGUCACCCUAGCUUCAUUUUGAGCACAUUUUGAGUCUGGAGAGCUUUGUGUUGAUUUCAGUGAAAAAGUUUUUCUUUGACUUCGUCUUUUAGUGCUUCUUGAAACAAAUAUCUGCUCUUUCAUUUGAGUGUUUAUCUCCUUUUGCCCUCCCUGAUGUGAUGAUCUCUGUCUGAACCACACUCCGCCUCAGGUGUGUGAUUAUUCCUGCCCUUUUUUUUUCUUUUUUCUCAGACGGAUUAUCUCAGCUCCUCUUUCCAUCCUCUCAUCCAUUCAAACAGCUGCUCGGUGUGUUAGUCAAGUUCAAAGUCUGAGCUCCGUCUCUUUGCCAGGAGAAACUCUAUACCUGCUUCAGCUUUACGGGGUCAGGGGGAAUAUCCCAGAGCUGAUCCUUCCUGCGUUGCGGCCCUGAAGAUGACACGCUCAAGCUCAGGUACUGUAUUUAUGUGUCCCCUCCUCCUCCUCUCCUCCUCCUCCUCCUCACUUCAGGCCUUUUGUUGUGGAGGUUUGUGAAUCAGACUUGUCACUGUGUCGGCUGUUUGUGUUGGCUCUCAGGGAGCAGAGAGAGUACAUGAGGUUUUGGAUGGACCUCCUCAGGGCUUCUUGUAUUCACAGAGCUGACGGAGACAUCUAUCACAGGGGUUCAAAGGGGCGAGGAGGCUUUUCCUCUGCAGGGUCCGCUUACAUUUCAACUAAUCGACUUCUUCAGUUUAUUAUUUGUCAGUUUAAAAAGUUUAAUCCUAACCUCGACUAGUCACAGGGUGAGCAAAAAUACUGAUGAUGGAUAAACAAAGAUUAAAACUCAUAUUGUUUCCCACUUUUGUGCAACAUGUCUUUUUAUGGAGGUAAUAUUUGGUCAUAAUUCCUAAUAUCUAAUAAAUAUCAUUGUUUUUUUGGCAUGUAGAGAUAAUUAUCGCUAUAACAAGAGCCUCUAUAUGUAGGCAUGUUUAUGUGUAGCGUGAGGAGGGAGGGGUGGAGUAAAAAAGGGCGUAUAGGAAAAGCAGACGAAAAACCUUGAAUGGGAUUAGUAGACCUCAGAGCGCACAGAUGCAGCGAGCUGGAAGUCUCUCUUGACUCAAAAUAAACUCCUCAUUUUCAUAGAGAACUCUAAACAGGAUUAAUCUCGGAUAUUUCUAGGAAAAAGGAGAGUAUGAAGAUCGUUUUUGACAGCUCCAGUGUGCCAGACGCUCUUACUUUUGCGCAACAGGUUCCGCGAGAUAAAUUAAAGAGUUGAACUCCGAUCCAUGUAGGAAGAAGAAGAAGCAUGCUGCCCGCGUUUCCACCCUCUAACAACGAGCAGGAGAUCAACUCAUGGGAUGUAGCGGAUGCAGAGUCAGGUUCAACUUUGCCAAGGUGCUCUCCAAAGUCUCCGUGUUCUUUGCCAUGGUCCUGAUCUUCACCUACUUCUUCUACUGUCUCACCGGAUUCUGUGAUUCCGCUCCCAGGAGUUUGUACACUCAGCAAGCUUUGGACUAUGACAUUUUGGACGAUAAUCGCCGCGUCCUGGACGACCUGCGACCCCCGGCGCGUCUUCUCCCCGGCGCGCCGUCGCUUUGGAACCGCACAGCUGCCCCCGCGGACGCAGAGCAAGUGGAGCAAGCGCACGGACAGCAUCCUUCUGUCAGCGCCGAGGAGGCCGCCCAGAGCAGCAGCAGCAGCAGCAUCCCCGUGUCCAACACUUUCGGGAUCAAGAGGUUUCCGCAGGCGAUUAUAAUCGGCGUGAAGAAAGGGGGGACCCGCGCCCUGCUGGAGUUUCUCCGCAUACACCCGGACGUGAGGGCGGUUGGAGCGGAGCCGCACUUCUUUGACCGGUUUUAUGACAGAGGACUGGAGUGGUACAGGUGGGAAACAAACACACACACACACACACACACACACACACACACACACACACACACACACACACAUGCGCAAGAAAGUUGGGUUGGUACAGUUGGCAUAAUCUUGGCAGCUUCUGAUUCAGCUGCUACAGAGAAUACUGGGAGAUAAGUUCAUGAUCCAAAACCGGAAUACCUCUUUACAAACAGUUGUUAUUGCAGUGUUGUAAUUGUAAAUGCAGAUGGAUAAUAUAUCUCACCAUCAAUCAACACAGCUGGGUUGUUUUUCAACCCAACCACCAAGUUGAGCCUGAUGGUCGAUUUAUUUGUGUUAUUUUCAUGGAGUUUGGUAUUCUGAGUACCCAGUUUCCAAGGUUAUUGAUGUUGGUAACAGAGUUAUUAGCUGUUGGGUUGUUAUUUCUCUACAGUUUUGUUGGUUUAUUGUGGAGUACCCAACAAAUUGGGUAGACGUUUGGGCAUUUGAAACCAAGCACCACCAGAUUGAUGCCACAACUGCUGAAGCGAAGAGACGUACAAAGCAAGGCUUGUUACAUUCCCACUAUAUUUUUAUAUAGACCCUUAUUUUGUUGUUAAGAUGUAAGUUUGUGAAGCACUGUUGUGUACUAGCUUCUGCCUUCAGGAAUGGAUUGGUAGGUGAGAAAACCAACGCUUAAGUUCAUUCUCCAUCAGUUAAAUGGAAAGGCGUUUGUUGAGGGGCGGCAGUAGCUCAGAAGGUUGAGCAGUCGUCCAAUAACUGGAAGGUUGGUGGUUCGAUUCCCCCUAUCCUGGGUCAGUCCGUUGUGUCCUUGGGUAAGAUACUUAACCUGUCUUGCUCCCAGUGUUUGUCCUCAACUGGUGUAUGAUUGUGAGUGUUGUGUGGUGGUGGUCGGAGAGGCCGUAGGGGCAAAAUGGCAGCCACGUUUCCGUCAGUCUGUCCCAGGACAGCUGUGACUACUGAGGUAGUUUACCACCACCAGGGUGUGACUGUGUGAGCGAAUGAAUGAUGUCUCCAGAGUAAAGCAUUUUGAGGGUCUCUGAUAAAGAGACCCUGUAGAAUACGACCCAAUUGUUGGGUUAAGUGAACCAACCCAAUGAGUUGGGUAAAAUUAACCCAGCAUGUGUUCUGUCCAAUAUUCAACCAGUGCUGGGUUGGGAAACUACCCAAACUAGGUUGUUUUUAAGAGUGAAUAUGUCUUCAAAUCAAAAAUAUAAAGAUGUUGUCUCAGAUAGACGGUGCAGGAUGAUGUAUGGAAGCCUAAAGGGUCACAUCACCUGUGCAGACGUUCUGAUGUCUCCUGUCAAUACUCUGCACACAUCCAUACACUGACUGACAGAUAUAUUCAGAUCAACGCUGUGCCGAUAUUCUCCCUGCACUGUAGAUCAAGAGGCGAGUGAGGGUCUUCAAGAGCUCUUCAUCAUGUAGACAGUGAUCGAAGCGUCAUUUAUAGACCUCAGCAUGUCAUCCCUUAAGUUGGAGCAUCACUCAAAGAUUGUAAACCUGACUGAAGCAGUGAAGUACAAAAAAACGACUCUUAUGGUUUCAGGCACAUAAAAUGUUCACAGGCUACUUCUGCUCUGAUUUGUGCCGAUCAGAGCUGUAAUUUAGGUCUGGUUAUGAUCCUAAAGAAGAGGGAUUAAGGUCUGGAUGAUCAUCUCCAGAUGUUCCUCUCAGCUCCUGGAGAAGAUCCCAGCUUCAUCCUGAGUCAGAGGAUGAUUUCAAACCUGCGAGCACGAAGAAAAAAUGAUGUUUAAGUGGAUGACAUUUGCUCUGAUAAGUAAGCGAUGUGCAUGAGGGGUUUUAAUUUUCAAGAUCUCCUCUUAGACGUUUUUAAUGAGGACAUACGACACAUGGAAGCACUUUUACCGCUGGUGAUCUUAGCUCGCUGCUAAGCUUCCUCUUUAUUUUCCUCGUAAACACGCACACAUGCACCACAUACGCACAUGAGUUUCUAUCCCUCCUCUUCAAGAUGUCCCUACCCUGCUGUCUUUCUUUACCACUUUUUCCUUUCUUUCCACAUUCUUCCCUCUCUUUUCACUCAAACAUCCAACCACUUUCUCUCCCACAGCUUCGUUUUUUUCCCUCCUUCAUUUUAGAGGAUGUCUGUAAGUGUAAAUACCUGUGGCAGACCUGGUCAUGUUUUAUGUGCGUUUUAAUCAACCUGGCUGGUGUUUUAGGGCUGUUUGUGCUCUUAUGUUGUAGUUUUGUUGGUGCUUUUACACGGCAGUGAGACUAAAAUGGUCUGUGAACAGUUUUAUGCUCAUGCUCUCUCUGUCCCUCUGCUUUACUAUCACACACAUCCUCCUUCUACUCCUUUCUGCAUCUGUGAUUGUUUGAGAAAAAUAAGACAACUCUGCGCCCGUUCAAAUACUUCUAAUCUGAAUACAACUCGUACAUGUACGUCAUGAUCAGAUUAUUUGAUUUUGCGCCCAUAUAAACAGUGGAUUCAGAUUAUCCGAUCCCUUAAAUUUUUAAUCGGAUCAAGAAACUUUGCACAUGUAAACAAGGCUGAUGCCGCUCUCAGAUCACUGACCAAUCAGAUUUAAGAAGGGGCAGGACUUUUGAAUACAUCACAUCAACAAUUAUAGUGGAGGUUCCUUCAUGUCAAGGUCCAAUCUCCAGGUCUAGAGCUGCUACUAAAACUGUGACAUGAUUUCUAUGAGUCUCUAUUCAAGACUGAUCAAUCAGCUGAUUAACUGAGAUAAUUAAUGGCUUUUUUUUUUUUUUUUUUUUUUUGGGGGGGGGGGGGGGUAUUUUGCCUUUAUUAUGAAGAACAGAUGAAUAGUACGGAAGAGGACUAGGGCCACAAGAAGAAAAAAAUAAUAAUUGCAAGAGGGAGUAAAGAAAUUCAUUUUUUUUUCAAUUUUAUUUAAAGUCAAAAUUUUGAAAUAAAUUAGAGAUUUAAAAAAAGGGAAAAUUUUGACUUUAUUCACAUCGACUUUAAUCUCAAAAUUUAUUUAUUUUUUAUAUAUGGAAAUUUCGACAUUAUUCAUUACAUUUCAACAUUUUGUUAUUGUUUUGAGAUUUCAAAUUUUAAUCGUAAAAAUUCUGAUUUUAUUGACAUAAUUUCGAUCUUUUAUCGCAAAAUUUCAACUUUAAUCUCAAAAUUUUAUUUUUUUUUAUCUGGAAAUUUUGACAUUCGUUGCAACAUUUUGACAUUUUGUAAUCUCAAAAUUUCGAUUUGAAUCUCCCUCCUGUAAUUAUUUAUUUUCUCUUCAUAUGGCCCUAAUCCUCUUCUGUAGGAGAGAGAUAGGACAUGUGAAGAGCAGUGAGUUGAGAUGAACAGACAGGGAUUGAACCCACUGAAAAACUGAUAUCCUUAAACCCCUGGUCUGCUGUAUUGACUGAGAAGCCCUUUAAAAUCAGCCUUUUUUAUGCACAAGCUGCUAUAUUAGAGUAUAAAACACAGAGAUGUGCUUUGUAACGGCAAAUAAAGGAGACUGGUGCUCAGAUUUUAAAGCCAAAACCACUUUUUUAGUCCUUUUUUGAUUAAAAAUUACAGAAAUAUAGUUGAAUUAUCAAAAAAGUUGCUUGAUUGGGUGCAUUUUUUAUGUGCACUUACAUUUAAUCAAGUGAAAAAAUAAUCAAAACAGUCAAUAGACAGCAGGAUUUUAAACUGCAAAUUAAAAGCUUAAAGUGUGUUCGUUCUCCUGAUAUAUUAGAGUUUUGUUGGAUUUUAGUUCAGAGUAAAGUCGGCUGAAACUGAAGUCUGGGAGGAGUGUCAAUAACAGAACGAGCAGCAACGUGAUCCCGAGUGAAAUCACCGUAACACGACUCCUCCUGUUGAGACCGAAGCUGAGAAACAGAGAAAACUGUUCGCUGUCAUCCACAGUGACCCGCUUGCGCACGUCAGGGGGGGGUUCAGAGGGGCGGGUGUCUGUACGAGAGUGACAGCAAGAACGCACCCAUGUGGAACCAACAAGUCCUCCUUCACCUGAGGGUCACCUCCCUGUCACACAUCCUCCUCUACGCUCUGACAGGCUCUGGAAAUCCGCCCUGAGCUUUUAACACUUUAUCUUUGCAUUCAGGUCAACAGGAUCGUAUUCCUACAAACACGUGCAUGUAAAUAUCCUCCCGGUUCAUUAAUUAAAUCUGAGCAAACCUCCUCGUCUUAUUACUUCAUCGACUCUCCCUCUCUGCGCAACCUUUGCAUCCUUGUAUAUCACCCGGAAUCAAUAUGGAAAUCUGAAAAUUGUUAAUCAUUUUGCUGUAAUCUUAUAAAUCAAUCGAUUUUUGGGGUUUCAUCUCGUGCGAGUUAAGGGCCUAACCCUCAUCUUAAAAGGAUAUCUUACUGCUGAUGUAGGGUUUUGAUUUCAGGGUACACGAAGUUCCCUCUGAGUUUUCCAGCCUCUGCACAGACAUCAUCAUAUCCCGCAGCAAUCUUUUUUUCAGCGCUACUGGCUCUAAUGGAGAGAGAUGAGAGUUAGAAAUGGAGUCAUGGCUGUCAGAUUUUGACCGUCUGCAUGCUGGAGACACUUCACAGACGCAGCAGUGCCCUCCUGUACUUGUUGCAUUGUCUGAGACGAACUUGGACCUCAUUCAUGAGUGUUUUCCAUCCCUUUUAUCUGAUCCAGUCACUCAGUCCUCUCCACCCAGUCUGUCUCUCCACUCUUUUUCUGGGUUGCAUGUGUGCGAGCGAGCCCAUUACGGGAACGGAGAAGCCGCAAAUCGUGCGUUGAGAAUGAGGCAAAGACUUAAUGAAUUUCUGCGUUGUUGCUUUUUAUGGCUUAAAGGGGACUUCAGUUUCAUACGAGACAGAAAAAAACCUCAGCCGUCUGCGGCACAAUGGCUCUGAUUGUCACGGAUUUGUCACCGUGACGUGGUCCGAUGAGUAAACCAUGAGUUAAAUCUUGUUUUGCAUCGGUUAGAGACAACGCUGGACUGCAUCCCUGUUAACAAGCUAUUGUUUUAAACCCAAAGACUUGAAUCAUUGUUAUCGCAGCUUCCUCUGUCUGUGUUUGAUUUACAUAUAGAUCAUUUCUGAAAAUCUAUUUGAGAGAAAAAAAAAAAGCCAGUCCACGCAGGUCCCCGUCAAUAUUUUGAAAGCUUGUCAAUGGGUUGACCUACAGUCUUGACACCAAAGGCCACGCCUGAUUGGAUUUCUAUUAAACUACAGUGUAAAUCCUAUAAGGGCGGCAACACAAGGGCAAGAAUGAAUCCUCUAAAAAAACAAGGAUUUGAAGUGAGGAAAGUCAAGAAUCCAACUUAGAUUAAAAUCUCACAGUGGAGGAAAUAGAGCAGCGAAGGGUCAUGUCUGGGGGUCAAACAGGCAUCAGCGUCCUCUUUUGAGGAACAAAGUCAAUGCAGAAGUGUUAAAAACUGCAGUUCCUUAAGUGUCCACUAGAGGGUGGCUGCAAAAGCACAGGAAACCACAUACACACCCAUUCUGAAAAGUCCAUCUUUACAGCGAAAAUAAACAUGAUUACAGCUUUGUGCAAAAAUGAUUUUGGACUAGAUUUUUCAUUUCUCUGUCGGUACAGUUACAGUGGAUAGAUUUUUGUUUGGCUUAUUAGUUUUGAAGAUUUUAAGGUUAAAGGUCCUUACACACUGGGAGUGUUUUUUUUUUUCGUGAAUUUAUUUCGGAUGUCAAUUUUUUUUCCAAAUCCGUAUCCUGUCAAAACAAGCGUUCACAUCAGCGACGUUUUCCCGUCCUUCGAUAUUGCGGCAUUUUUUUUGUAUCACGGUCGAAUUUUCUAAAGUUUUGCAUACUGUGUGUCCACUUCUGACCAAUCAGAUUUCAUGUUAUUGCGACGUCUGAUUCACCGGUAUAUCCAACAUGGCCGACCGGCUGAUUGUUUACGUGUUGGAGAACAGAGUAAUUUUUGAUAAAAGACACAAAUAUUACAAAGAUAACAACCUGAAGGACAACUUGUGGAGAGUCAUAGCGUCAGAUUUCUCAAAUGACGAUGGUUUGUGAGCUUUAACAGUUUGAUAAAUGUCUUUGUUUUAACUUUCAUCUGUGCUAAGUAACUUUAGCUCGUAAGCUAACCUGUUCAAAUACAACAUACCAUAUGUAUUUUCACUGUCUCAAACUCAAUCACAGCGUUGCUGUCACAGCACCAUUAGGUCUCAGUUGUUACCUUACAUUUAUGGAUUAUAGUUUAAUGUUCUUAUCUGGUACUGGCCCCAACUCAGUACAUGCUAUCAUGACAGACAGACAUCUCAACACUAGAGUCUAAUCAGAACUGAAGAACAAUCAGUCUGCUGUUGUGUCUGUCUUCUCACUUUCACCCAGGACGCGUCUUUUCCACCUGGAAAAUCGCAAAAUCACAUCGCACUUGAUGUGUAUAGUCAGGCGCGUCAAAAUUCGCCUCCGAAUAUUUCGUAAUUUCGUGUUGUAUAUUUGCGUCGUUCCCAGUGUGUAAGGACCUUAAGAGUUCGGCAUUAAGAAUGUGAAAAAGGAGCCUGAAGGUCAUCUUAACUUCACUUAUGUGCUGAAAUUAAGAUUGAGUCAGAAUUUCCAAUGCGUCAGCCACCACUGAUCUACUUCAAAUCUCAACUUUAUCCAUGUUUUAUACUCUCUAAGUGUACGUUAGUGUUUCUACUUCUUAUUCAAAUGAAUUAAAAUGGUGGCUCUAUGUGAGAUUUUCAUCUUUGUUGAUAUUCAGCUGUACAUCACUCAUGGUUUCUCGUUAGUGUUAAGCAACAACAGCGAUUUGUUUCCACUCGAAGUCAUUGAAAAGCUGUUUUUCUCCGCGUGUGUGUUACUCCAGUUUUCAAACCCUCCACGUGUCGGUCGAUUUUUCAUGACAGCUGAAAUAGUAAAGUGGACUCUGGUGCCCAUGCAGCAACAUUUUCCAGAGCGAGGGUGAUUUUCCCCACACCUCGUUCUGCAUGGAGCGCCGAGGUCAUUAGUGAUCGAAGCCGAAUGUGAAUGAUUGGUGUAACAGACCGGGAAGUGGUCUCUGUAGUUUUGAGCCGUACUGUGAUUUAAUGGCGGAGGCUGGUUUUGGCUGGACUCAGGUCUAGGUGGUGUUAUAAAGAUUGUAAAGGCCCACACUUAUUCCACUUAUAUAUGGCUGAGAUUGAGAUAAUUUGCGGUGCGUUUAGGCGGGAGUGUAAAAGCGAAGUCAUGUUUGACUGUAGUUAGCUAUGAGAGAAAUUCAGUGUGGAGAAAUAACGGUUUGUUCCAGGAGAAAAACAACAUGAACUUCUGAAGCUAUUACUGCUCCUGCAAGAUUUCACACUUUAAAAACCCAAACCAUCAUUACAAGCAUCCACAUAGACACUCGAACUGCAGGGAUAUCCUGCUGCAAACCACCUCAGAUAAUGCAAAAACACUUCACAGCCUCCCACAGAUGAAAAACCCUCAUCCAGGAAAAAUUAUAUGAUGACAAUUUAUUGUUUUAUUUUAAUUUAUUCAUUCAUUCCCACCUAAACCUGUAGGUGAGAAUGGUCUUAAAAUCCGUCAUGUGGUUUCCCCAGAGGGAUCGAACCGUCCGCCGUCUCUCUGCGUGUCCCUGGAGUGUUGGAAAUUCACCUCCAGGCUGUCACCUACAAGUGCUUUUUGUGUUUAUUGUGUGGAGAAAUAUUGUUUGUCAUUUUUCUCAGUCUCAGCUCAUCCUGAGGCUCCUUUCUUUUUGUUCAUACAUAAUAAUGUAUGUGUGUGUUUGUGUGUGCGUUUCUUCUAACUCUUCAUCAUGACUCUUUGAGGCCUCACGGCUUCGCUCAGGUUUCUGUUCAGACAAAGAACACGGAGACAGCGCGGUGGCGCACACAGACAAUAAACGCUCUCUGUACCUGUGGAGACAUCAACAUGUUAACACUCUGUGGGUUAAACUGGAAACAAGAGCUUUGAAUUCUGGGAAAUUUAUUUGCUUUGUAGUUUAAUUUCAGUUCAAUCCAAAACUUAGCCUAGAAUAAAGUCUGGAAACAUCAUUCAGUCUACUUUACCUAGGGUAACUAUAUGUCCUCUUUUACCCGAACAUGUUCUCUUAUUUGGGGGCUGUCCGGUUUUGUCCAGAGAAGUUUAUAAAAUCCUUCAAAUGUCUGGGAUUUUGUACGAGAGUUUCAAGUUUGUGUCACGUGGACUUACUGUGUUAGAAGCGCAUAAAAGUUACUCGAUCCGUACCGAAAAACUCUCAAAAUUAACUUUGUGUGACUCUGUGACUCCGCCCCCGCGUAGUCGUGUCCGCUUUUUGGAAGUCAGAAUAUGGUCAACCUACAUUCAGUCUACUUUACCUCAAACCUUCAAAUAUGUUCAUGCAUAUGCAUAAGAUUAUUUUUGCAUGUUUUAUACUUGCGGUGCAUAGUGUGUUAGCAGAACAGACCUGUUGAAAUACAAUAAACAAACAAUUAAAAUCAGAUCAUAUUGCAGCUGUUGGAAGGAGAAGAUACAAUAAGUUUUAAUUAUAAGGUUAAAAUAUGAAUAUUGCGGCUUUCCUAGUACCUUUAAAAAAAAGUCCCUUGAGGCAGAGGUUAGGUCCUGUAUAUUUGUGUGACACGCUGCUGCUGUUCCAAAGAAGUGUUCACAGUUCAUCGAAGUUUUCAGAGAUUUAAUAACAGAAAAAACGCUUCCACAAAACAAAGAACAUAUAACGCGGUCAACAAAAAUUACAGCUACCUAGGCUCACCUCUCCACCCUAGUGCAGGUGAGACCGCCCCUUAAAUAACUUACCGGAUUUCAAACUCAGUGCCCAUGUGACCCAAACCCAGCGAAACCAAUAGCAACCAGACACAAGUAACUGAACACAGGAUAACCGAUAAGCAAAGCAACAUUAUGGCUCCUACAAUGACAAAUGGAGAAUCAUAUAAAUGCAUAACAGAAGCUUCAGGUCCUCCAAGUGUAUCGUUGUUUAAUUGAGGGGUGAGCAAGGGAGCCAUGUGUGUCCAUAAGACAUCAGGAUAAAGAUAUGAUCAUAAUAUUGAAGGAAAGCUUUUCACAUGGCGGAGUUAAACAAAGAAAAAGACUAGAAACACAAGGAAUCAACUACUACAAAAUAAAACAGGAAACACAGAUGACAGGAGGAAAAACAGGGUCAAACACAAGCUGAGAAACCACACGACUGGACUAGAGGGGGACAGGAACACCAGGGAAAAUACACAAAGAAAACACAUUCAAAUGACAAAACCAGAGAAAAACUAAAUUAACAGAACAUAUCAUGAUAAAGUUUGAUCAGUCAAAGUCAGGAACACGACAUACUCAUGCAGCUCUUCAUGCCCCUCAGGCUCCUGGGAAACAUUUCCAGUUUGUUUUUUACGCUCCUUCUCAGUUUUACAGCCUUUAUUUCCUCAAGUCUCAUUAACCAAAUCCCACUUAUUAAAGAGUUCGUAGAUGCAAAAGUCUAAUUUUUCACCCUGGAAAGUUAUUGGAUGUUAACCCAUAUGUAUGUCGACACCAUAAUUACAUUUUUAGGACCUUGUUGUCUGCAGUCGUGUCAGCAAAUGCCUUUUGUUAGCGCUCUGCGGGGGAUGGAGCUGCAGCAGGAGAGCCCAUUAUCUCGGGGGCAGGAAGUUUCUCACCCACAUCCGUCUUUUCCCAGUUGGUAUUUUUUUAUCUUCUGAUCCAGACGGCCUCAAACAUAUCAGCGGUGUAAUCAGCGCUGCAGCACUUCAGGGGAAGAAACGUGCUACAUCCUCUGAACAGCAGGGAGUUCCAGGCGAAUGUGGCGAGUCAGCAAACGGGCCAAAUAGAAAACACGCUCAGGCCUUCAUCGAGUAAUAAAAUUUAAGGCCUUUUUAAUGAAAUGAAGCAUAACAGAUCAGAUUUACAUAUACGUCAAAAGUGACAUGAGAUUAAUCAUCCCUGACGUGUUUACAGUUUCUCCUGACACCACCUGCAGGAUUAGAUUUAUGACAGAAAAUGGCUUUCAUUGAUCAUCUGAUAAUGAGGCGGAUCGUGAUGAGGGAGAUGAGGACCUGGAGAGAGGAGAGAGCGGGGAGGGAAAAAGCCACAAUUCAUUAAGUAUUCAUGAAUAUGGAAAGACACCUAAUGGUCAAUUACUGAAGUGACACUCAUGCGAAGAAGUGAAGGACAAAUCCAAGAGUGAAGAUGAGAGAGAGGAGAGGCAGGCGUUCGGUUUCUCAUCAGUAUACCGACACCUCUGCUCUGCAUGCGUGUUUGUUUGUGCACACAUGCUGCAUGAAGGUGAAGGUGCACACACAGGGAGCGAUCUGUCAUACAGAGACAGACGUAUUGAUCAGACACAGAUUAACAGGGGACAGACAGAUAGUGAUAGGCCAUUUGCAGCUCUUGUAGUUGGAUAAUAAUCAAUUAAUGGUCUUUUAUUAAGGGGAUCAUUCAGUGAGGGUGGACUGAAACCUCCUUUCUUUGAGUUAAAGGGGGAACUUUAGACUUUCUCUGAGCUCGGUCCUCCUUCACACUCAUGUUCAUGGACCCUGCAUGGAAAAAAUACACUUUUUUAGAAUUACAUGUGUUAUAAUUUAAGUUAGGGUGAUCAUACGUCCUCUUUUAUCUGGACAUAUCCUCUUUUUGGGGGGUUGUCCGUCCUGUCCAGGGGGACUUUAUAAAAUCCUUUUUGAGUUUUGAGUUUGUGUAGGCUGAACUAAGUUAGAAGUGAGUUAGAAGUGGGUAGAAAAACACUCAGCAAUACUCGAAUCUGAGGGAAGAAGGAAAUGUAGGAAGCAGUGUGCAGGUAGGACAUGCAGAAGGAGGUUGAAACGUUUGCAUGAACAUCUGAGUCGAGCUAUAAGGUCUGACCUCGAUCAGGUGAUCAAAAUGGACUACUUUACUCAUCACGUGUGACAUGCACCGGACAAAAAAAACAAAUAACCCACAGAAGUAUGUCCACGUUACCGUAAGCAAUAUUUUUUUCAUAGGAUGUUAGAGGAAGGUCCCGCCUCCUUUGCCUCUGAUUGGCUAGAAAAGCUGGAAACGUCAUCACACGCUUAAGCCGAGCGCGGGCUGUUGGUUCUGUACAUGGAACAGAACAUUACAGAACAUUAUUGCAAUUCCGAAUCUCCUAACCCGACAGACGAUGACGUUUCACAGCCAGAAGGAAUAACCAAUCAAAGCCCAGCACUUCUAGCCAAUCAGAUGCAAAGGAAGUAGAACCUUCCCCUACCAUCCUACGAAAAAAAAAUGCUUACUGUAAGUCAGCAUUACCGUAAAGGACAGCGCUGCAGGUGUAGACAUUCAAAGUAAACAGUCUGUGAUCCUGACAGAUUAGCCGUCCACUUCUACGCCUCUUAUGUUAGCUUGUGGCACCUUAGUAGUUAGCAGGACUGCUGUGUUCCAGUUACCCCGGAAGUUGGAUGUCAGAGCUGGGAAUGAUGCAAAUUGGAGCCAAGUUGGCGGCAUUCGUUGUCGUCAAGUAGGGGUUGGUGAGGAUCGACCAACUGUCCGAGUCGGAAGUCUGACUUCAGGGAGGGCGUUCCAGAUGAAUUUCCGACUCUGAGCUUGGAAAUUCUGACUUCUGAGUACAACUGGAACGCAGCACGCGAGCUGUUUACAUGUUUUUGCAGAUCUCUUUUUGCUCAUCGACUCCUGACAUUUUCCAGGAAUACAGCUUACAGUCAUAUCACACGGCGUGCAAUAUCAUCCGCUUCCUUAUCGUCCAGGGUCAAUUUACAGUGAAUCACUUAAACUCACAUGACCGUAGAAUGUAAACAUGCAAAAAGUCCUGACAUACUUGUGUCACAUUCUCGAUAUAAAGUCCUCUUUUCUGUUUGUUGAAAGGUUUUAAAAACCAGCUCAAAUGAACUAGCAAACAAUGCUCAUACUCCCUGUUACUUUCUGAACCUCAAGUUUUGCUUCUUAAUAAUCUCAACCACAGAAAAACCUCUCCGGACUAACUAAAAAUACAUUUCCGUUGAUUGUUGAUUCUGCUGUUCUGGUUUUCUUCUUGUCGUCGAUGUUUUUAAUCUGAAACAAAUAAAGCACACAGACGCAUUACUUGUUGGUUUUACUGGAAACCACAUGAAAGCGCCGAGUUUCCAGAAAUACAGCGACAUGAAUAACAGACAGAACAUUUUCUCUGUUUUAUACUUCACUGAUUCUCUGUUUCUCAUGCAAAAUAAUUAGUCUCUGAAUCCAAACUCCACCGCAAAUAUAUCUGUCAGAGUCAGAUAGAAAACGGACAAACAACGGAACUGUUGAAUACCACGUUACCCACAAUGCCUGUGAGCCAGACAGAGCGGGAACGAGAGCAGUGUGUGAGAAGAGUUUAUAGGACGGCAGGUGCGCACAAUUUAGGAAUUAAAUCAAAAACUAAUGAGAGGAAUUAUAGGUUUAGAUUAAAACAUAUUUAACUGUAAUUUCAAAUCAGUGUCUAAAAACCAGCCUGUAAUUAACACGACUUUUUAACGGCGUAUUCCUCGCUCCGUCUCUCCACAUUGCAGCCACAUGUUUUAAACACCAGCUGAGCUCAGCAGCUCGCCGUCCCGGCUUCACUUCCUGCAGAUCCUGGUCUGUUUUGGUCUGUUUGGGGUUGUUGUAGGGACCCGUAGGGGAGCCGAGGAGGGCGGUGAGGGGGUGGGGGUACGCUUCGCUCCUGCAGGAAGAAGGAGAAGAAGAAGAAGGUGGGGGUCUGUAGGAAAUUGCUGUUAAGUGGUUCUUGAGGCUUUGUGGUUUUGACUCAUCAGACGAACAGUGAGUGGAUGGUCCUGGAGCGCAGGCCUUACCCUGAGACUGGGAUCGGCCGUCUGGGACCCGGGUGCAUAAACACACUCAAGUGUAAAAGGCUUUAAUCACCGAUUUUGAGGUCGUUUUAAUGUUUCUGCUCUCUAAUGUGUUUACAUUAUGUCUUGAUGUCCUUUAAACUGCAGUCACUCAUGUGGGACUGUAGUCCAGGAUCUGAUCUGAUUGAAGAUGGGAGGUUUUUGUCCUAAAUCCUGACCUUUCUCUUCCUGUCUUUUAGGUCCCUGAUGCCCCGGACCCUCGAUGGUCAGAUCACCAUGGAGAAGACCCCCAGCUACUUCAUCACAAAGGAGGCUCCAGGCCGCGUCUGCUCCAUGAACUGCCACACCAAGCUCAUCGUGGUGGUCAGGGAUCCGGUCACCCGAGCUGUAUCCGACUACACCCAGACCCUGUCCAAAAACCCGGGUCUUCCAUCCUUCCAGAGCCUGGCUUUGAAAAACUCCUCCACGGGUCUGAUCGACACCACAUGGAGCGCCGUUCGCAUCGGCCUCUAUGCCAAACACCUGGAGAACUGGCUCCAGCACUUCCCCCUGUCUCAUUUUCUGUUCGUCAGCGGUGAGCGGCUGGUGUCCGAUCCGGCCGGGGAGAUGGGCCGGGUUCAGGAUUUCCUGGGCCUGAAGAGGGUCGUCUCGGACAAACACUUCUACUUCAACCAGACCAAAGGCUUCCCCUGCUUGAAGAAGCCCGAGGGGAGCAGCAGACCUCGCUGCCUUGGAAAGUCUAAAGGUAGACCCCAUCCUGAGAUCCCCUCUGAGGUCCUGCAGAGACUCAGAGACUUUUACAAACCCUUUAACCACCGGUUUUACCAGAUGAGCGGACAGGACUUUGGCUGGGACUGACAGAAGUUAGCCCAAGGAUCCAACUCUCUGGAGGUUUUGACUUUGUGAUCCAUGAGGCUGACUUUCUCAGGGACAGGAUAGAGGAACACUAAGUCCAGGAUCUUGAUUCUGGCUUCUCUGACAAGCAGCACCUGAACUGUCUCUGCUGAACCCCCAAUUUCCACCGCAUCUGGAACGGCUACAAAAAGGCCGUAUUCACUGAUCGUAGCUGAUCGUAACCAUUCAAGUUAAUUUGUCAAUUUCCACCUGCAUCUUUGUGGAUCGGCGGACUCCACAGCUGAUCGCUAGAGUUCUAUUUCUUCCGGACGCUGGAGCAUGCUGGAUAAAUUCAGCACAGAUUAACCCGUGCUGGAAAGGAAGUCGGCAGAGACACAAAAUAAAACAUCCGGCUUCUUUUCGCAUCGUGUAAACGGGCGGAGAUGAACAACUGAAAAGUUUAUAGACAGCAUUUCAUCCUGAUGACACCAUGGAUGAGGAGAUGCUGAUUUUAGAAGUCUAGAAGUAGAUUUCCUCCUCUGGAAGGACACAAUCUUCCGCUUAUAUGGUUAGCCUAUGUGGCUAAAGACAACUUGUUAUCGCACGACUGCACGUGAAUCCGCGGGUCACAAACGGACCCGGUAGGAAUUGGCGUACGGUGAAAAUCGUUGCCGUUCCGGAUGCGGUGGUAACUCUGAGGUAACCUGGACACAGUGCUGCCAAUAUAAACUCACCUCAUCAUUAAACCACGGAGCUCUUCUUCUGCUCGUGGUUCGAUGUUUGAAUUUAGCUGCGAACAAAAACCAAAGGGAGCAAAAACUUUUUUUAAAAUAGAAAUAAGCUGGUAUUUAUAGUCACUGUUGAUUGAAAUACAACAGUUUCUGAUUUCUUUUAUUAAAGAAAUAUAUUUAUUACCUGACACGGUAAAAUGUAAAACUGCUUUUUACUAGACAGGACAUUAAAAAAGUGUCAUACUCCAAGAUAAACCACUAUUUCUUUAUCAUUUUUAGCAGUGUUACUUCGUCUGCAUCUGUAUCUCCAUUUUAGAGGUUGUUUUUAUAUUUUCAGUCAAGACCUUUAAUAAACCAAAGAUACCUCAUCUGUAGAUACCAAACGACCGGAAACACAAACACACAUCCCCUCUGUAGGUCCAUGUAGAUAUUAACUAACUGUAUUCUCGUGAAACUCUGUGUAUUAACUGUACAAAAGCGCAGAGGUGUGUCUGACUCUCACUUUUGGUGUUGUAGAGUAAAGGUGUAUCUGAAAUGA